CUCUAGCAAAAUUGACAUAAAACUUGAAAAAGUGAAUUUGGAAUUCGAUAUUUUUCCCGAUGACAAUUUAUUAGCUUUUAGGCUGUUGCUUCUUGUCCGAGAUAUAGAAAUUCUAGACAACAUAAAGACAUCUGCGUGGAAUAAGUUUUUAUCGCAUAUGCGCCCGGAUAAUAAUACUAGUCCACGUGAGAGUAAAUCAAACAUGAUUAGGUUAGAAUUAAAUAGCGUUCGUCCUACUCCAACUGAUGUUUCUGAAGAGUUACGAAUAAAGGCACGAUUUUUACCGCUAAGGUUUUAUAUUGAUCAAGAUGCCCUUCAAUUCUUGAUUCGAUUCCUUUCUUUUCAAGAUUCUACCAUUGAAAAACCUCCGCAGGUGGAAGACGAUACUUAUUUCCAAUCUUUCGAGAUACAUCCAAUUAAAAUGAAGGUCGAUUAUAAACCAAAGCACAUUGAUUAUACUAAUUUGAAGGAAGGUAAUUUAGUUGAAUUGAUGAACUUUUUCCAUUUUGAGGCUGCGGAAAUGACCUUAAGUAAUGUCAAGUUGACAGGGGUUAAAGGAUGUCAACGUCUAUUUGAGGAAUUGGGUGCAGCAUGGUUACCACAUAUAAAGAGCACUCAAGUACCCAACGUAGUAUCUGGUGUGGCUCCAAUACGUUCGUUAGUUAAUUUAGGUUCGGGUGUUGCUGAUCUUAUUCUCUUACCAAUUGAACAAUAUAAGAAAGAUGGUAGGAUUAUUAGAGGUUUACAAAAGGGGACAGAGUCUUUUGCACGAGCUACAACUAUGGAAGCAAUCAGAUUUGGUACCAAACUUGCGGUUGGAACGCAGAUUUUGCUUGAACAAGCCGAUGAAAUUCUUUCUUUCGAAUCUCAAACUGGCACCAACACAAGGAGUAGUACUAAUCCUACAAUAAGUACCAUAGAUGAGGAGUUUGAUAGCGAAGAAGACAAUAUUAAGGAAUUAAUAAGCAAAUACGCUGAUCAGCCAGCAGAUUUGAAUGAAGGCAUUGAAGCAGCUUAUAAGAGUUUACGAGCAAAUAUCGGUACUGCAGCUCAUACAAUAUUUGCUGUACCUAUGGAGGUAUAUGAAAAGACUGGAACCCAAGGAACGGUCAAGGCUGUGAUACGAGCAGUUCCCGUUGCUGUUUUAAAACCUAUGAUUGGAGCUUCUGAGGCUGUAUCGAAGACGUUGCUUGGAUUACGAAAUACAAUUGAUCCCAACAAGAAAUUACAAAUGGAAGAUAAAUAUAAGAAACGAUAA